UGACUCAUGUGCUCUGGUCUGAGCAAAAAGUUGGGUUAUUGCCCUGAUUUUGGCUGUGGAUGAGCAAGGCAUACUCACUUUUUCCCUUCUUAUCUCUUGUUCCACUUCUUGUCCUUUUCACCAGACUUGACACUCCCUUUCUCCAUCUCAGCAUCCUCCCAAGAGAACAAUUCUUGCCAAAUCACCUCCUCCCCAUCAGUCCCAGUUUUGCAGCAACCAGUGAAAUCUGGUUUCUGAUAGAUUUGAUAUAGGCAUACUCAACUUUAUAUGUGAUUACUGUUGGAGUGACUGGGUUUUUGCAAACCUGUGCUCCCAAAAAUCCCCAGUGCUUCCCUCCACUCUUCUGUGAAUUUCAACCACUUCUCAUGUAACUCCACCUGCAAAACCCAGCCAUCCCUCAGGGCUUCAUCUGUGACUUGUGUCAGGUGCCUGGGCUGGUAUCUUUCACAUCCAGCCUGUUCUCUGUUGUGCCCAGCAGUGUCCCCAGUGCUGUCCACUCAGCCCAUCCUCUCUGCCCAGGACUGAGUUGAAGCACAGAUAUCCCUGUAUCACUAGAAAUCUACAUUACAUGAAGACAGGCUGCAGGCCACUAUAUCCUUGAUUACAGCAUACUGUGCUUUGGCUAUCUAUGACAGGGUCACUACACGCAUGUUAGUAGGAUGCCCACAGAUGCAAACAUACAGCUAUACCUCCACACACUUUGCUUACUGCUGAGUGAUUCCAACCUAUCUUUCCAUCAUGCUGCUUGUUACAGUGUUGUGCACAGGGUGAAUCUUAACUUGAAGGUCAAUUUUAUAGGUCAGCUCAUACAAAUUUCAAAGUAAUUUCAUUCCUGGCCUCAUUCAGUCUGUGUAGGAAAAGGUUGCAUCCCUAAAUCUAUGGUCCCAUAAUGCAGCUACAAAUUCCUCAGACAUGUUCCUGUAAAAUUUUGGGUUUCACACAAAAAUAGUGAUUUCCAUUAUUGUGCUACCCCAGUUUAUGCUUCUCUCAGGCAACCCCAAUGCACCUUCUAAUAGUUUGCUUUCAUUUUGGCUCCAACUGGCAUCAAAAUCUCAUGCUUUGGAUGUGAAUAUGAACUGCUUGGUGACAAGAAGAUUUUGUUUUGCUGACAAUUUUGCCACGGGUUGGUGUGAUUCUGACCAUCUCCACUCUCUCAGCUUUUGAGUGCUGCUUUUCCAAAUACGACAUGUUACAAACAGCUUCCGUUCCUAUAUAAAUCCAUAACGUGACCUCUGCAGACUGACAUCCUUAGAAACCCAAAGCAAUACCAGAGUACAAUACUUUGUAUUUGGAAACCUAUAAUCUUCAGUUAAACUCAUCUGCAUAAUUUGAUUACCAAGGAGCCAUGAAGUCCAAGGUUUGGUAACUUUACAAAAACAACAGUACAAAGUUACAAGUGAAAGGCCUGAAUUUCAGGGCCUUUGGAAGAGAAUUUGGAAGAGAAAACCUCUUUGAAGGAAGGGGAAGAGCAGUGAAAGUUUAGCAUCUUUUUGUAGCUUGAAAUAUUAGCAUUAUCAUAGAUGUGCUAAGUCGUAUUUUCCAUAAACUGUCUCACAAAUCACGGCACAGAUUCUUGCCCUUCAGAGCUCCAGUCGUGGAAAUAUUGAAAGUGAAAAGCACUCAGACCAAUUCAGAGUUUAACAGAAUCAAACUGACUUAUUGCUAUCAAGGGCACAAAGAUGUAGCAGUCAUACAGUGCAAUAAUUGCUUAGAGGAAAUGUAAAACCGUGGAUGUAAAGGAACUAAUCUGCCCUGUACAUACAUAUUUGCAAUGCCAGUUCCACUUCUUUGCUCCAAGUGAUAUUAUUCCAUUUGUUAUGAAAUGGUUCAAUGGCCAAGGAGUGGGAGUCAAUCUGUCCAACAGAAAUCCAGAGUACCCUGCUACACGUGGUCCUCUGCUGAGGAGACAUGGACAUUGCCAUCUCACCAUCUCAAGUUGUCCAGUUCCUUUUAAAGAACAAUUAAUCAAACUCUUUCCCCUUUCUUCCUCCUAAACAGCACUCAAAGCCAUUACCAAUAAUCAGCUAAUAUGAAACAAGAUUGAUUCCCAUUUGGAGGAAGCCAAAUGAGUUUCUUGCACCAAAUGUGGGAAAUUAGUCUGUGUGUGUAAAAUCCUCCCUGUAGGAAAUGACUGACAGCCUGAAGUGAUACAGCUGCAAAACAUAAACACAGCAGUGCAUUUAGUGAGAGCACUUUAAAUAACUGUUAUUAAUGUCCCUUCCAAGAUGUCACUUAGAAAACCACAAUCAAUUACUAUAGUGAUAGCAAUACUAUAUAUAGCAAUUGUAUGCAAGUGAUGGAGAUGCUGGAAACCAGCUAUUAUUGCUUCAAUAUAGUAAAAUUCUCCUUGUUAACUCUCAUGUUAUGUCCACAAACACACCUGCAUUUUUAAAAGAUUGAUGAUAAGUAGCAUUUAAAUUCUGCCCUCUAUUAAUAACAAGGUCAAUCACUGGCAUCUCUUUGUAAAUCACUUCCCAGUUUAAAACAUAAUUUCUUUCCUGGGUCAAAGUACUCUCUAUCUUUGUCUUCUAAUUCAAAAGUAGAGAGAAGACAGUUGGACAAGCAAGGACAGUGGGAGAGUGGCUGGGGAGUAGGCACUGCAGGAGAGUGGACAUGAGCCCUGGAGGCAAUGCUGAGAUGGCACCAGCAGCUCAGGAGAGUCUCAGGCUGCUCUGGCACAGGAGGAAAACAAUGAACAAUGAAUUUCUUCUUUCCAGGAAGAAACCUGGGAGGUUUUUUUCUGCUCUGUUGAAUAUGGGAUUAUAAAUUUUUUUUUUAUUGCAUAUAGAGCAUCUCUUUCAAAUGGAUAACUUCUGAACCUGGAACUUUUCAUUACCAACUUCUUGCAUCCUGGAGGGGAAAAUGAAUUUCACAAAUUGCACCACUGAAGCCAGUGAGGCUGCAAAGCCAAAGACAGUAACUGAAAAGAUGCUCGUUACCCUGACCUUGGCCACAAUCACAACCUUGACUAUGCUGCUGAAUUCUGCUGUAAUUGCAGCAAUCUCCACAACCAAGAAGCUCCACCAGCCAGCAAAUUAUCUCAUAUGUUCACUGGCUGUGACAGAUCUCCUUGUUGCUGUUCUCGUCAUGCCCUUGAGCAUCACUUACAUAAUGAUAGAUAAAUGGACUUUGGGGUACUUCAUCUGUGAGAUCUGGCUCAGCGUCGACAUGACCUGUUGCACGUGUUCGAUCCUUCAUCUGUGCGUCAUUGCGCUGGACAGGUACUGGGCCAUCACAGACGCCAUCGAAUACGCCAGGAAAAGAACGGCAAAAAGGGCUGGGCUGAUGAUAGUCACCGUGUGGACUAUCUCUGUUUUCAUAUCAAUGCCCCCCUUGUUUUGGAGAAAUCACCACAGCAUCAGUAUUCCCAGUGAGUGUCGCAUUCAGCAUGACCAUGUCAUCUACACUAUUUAUUCCACAUUCGGGGCAUUUUACAUCCCCUUGACUUUGAUCCUGAUCCUGUACUACAGAAUUUACCACGCUGCAAAGAGCCUUUACCAAAAGCGGGGUUCAAGCCGCCACCUCAGCAACAGGAGCACUGACAGCCAGAAUUCUUUUGCCAGCUGCAAGCUCACACAGACAUUCUGCGUCUCAGACUUCUCCACAUCUGACCCAACCACAGAGUUUGAUAAAAUCAACGCAUCCGUGAGGAUCCCUCCUUUCGAGAAUGACUUGGACCCAGCUGGUGACCGGCAGCAGAUCUCCACGACACGAGAACGAAAGGCUGCUCGCAUUUUGGGGCUGAUUUUAGGUGCUUUCAUUUUGUCCUGGUUGCCCUUUUUCAUCAAGGAACUGCUUGUGGGUCUCCAUAUUUGCACUGUCUCUCCAGAAGUAGCAGACUUCUUGACCUGGCUUGGGUAUGUCAACUCACUCAUCAACCCUUUGCUGUACACGAGCUUUAACGAGGAUUUCAAGCUGGCCUUUAGAAAGCUCAUCAGGUGUCGAGAACAUACUUAAAAGUACUGAGAGAAGAUGAUGCUGGCAUGACUCCUGGCCUUAAAAAUGAGCAAAACUAUUUGACUCUGCCACUGUUUCCCUUGAUAAAGGGGAUUUUUGUGUUUGCCUAUUUGCUUGACUGUUCUUCAGCCUGUAAUUCAUUAUACCAUUUUUUUAAUCUCUAGUGUUAUUCAUAGUAAAGGGUUUGAAAUAAAUUUAUUCUACAAAGGAAAAGAUUUUUUAGCAAUGAAACAACAAAAAAUAUUAUUAGUAUUAGGUAUUCAUGUCUAAGACAUUUUGUGUAAUUGAUGAUUCAAGAAGCAACAAUAUUCACUUUUAUACUUUUUCCAUUUAAGAUUCAGACAUCUAAAUUAUGUACUGUAUAAACUAAACCUCAUAAGUACAUAUUUAAAAAUUAAUAAACACUUCAUGUUAUGACAGCUAAACAGCACAUCUUUACUAUGGCAUGGUGAAAAAGCUGUAACAGUCAUUUAGGAGGAAAAUUACCACCACUUCCACCUUGGGUUGAGGCAGCAUAAACUAUUCCUUUCUUCAGGAAUACACUCCCAAAACAGAAAGCAAAGUUCAGUUCAUUGUAUCUAGAAAUGAUCCCAUUUCAUAACCCAAAGGAAUUGUUCAAGUGGCUCUCUUUGUGUAAUAUUCCAGAUUUACAUUCAAGGCAUUGGGCAGACACCUGUGCAGGUAAUUCGGCAAUUGAGAGGAUGCAGCUGGCGAGUAUCAUACUUGUAAAACUAGCUGCACAUCUGAGUGGUCACACUUUUGAUACCAGUCACCCUAUCUCUUCAGGCCUUGUGCCUUAGUCAGUUAUGGGGUGGUAUUUUUCACUUGUGCCACACUUCACCUGAAUGUUGUGGUGCACAACCCCAAGGAUAUAUGGAUCCUACCCCCACCAACUCAGACAACUUCAUAUCUUCUCAGCAGGCCAGCUAUAUAUAGAAAUUAAAAAACAUCAGUUAAACCUUAUUAUUUCUGAAUAUCAGGGAAAAAAAUUAGGUAAACAAAAUUAUUUUAAAUAGCAGUCUGCACAUAUGCCUUGUUGUCAUCUCAUAAUUUGCAAUGGCAGUCUUGCCCAUUUAACAUAUGGUCAGGUGCUCUGGUAGGAUUUCUUGCUCUGGGAGCCCUUCACAGACCUACUUCCCCUGUCCUGAGAGACAAAAAGUCCUUUGUAUCCUACUUUUUGUGCUUAUGGAGAAGUUAAAAUUUUCUAAUUCAAAUACAGUGGAAAUCACUGAUUUUACCCCUGGGAAGGGGUAAAAUCAAAGCCAAGACUUUGGUAUUGUCCAUUAGAAACUCCUAAGCACCAUUUAAAUAUUUAUUACCACCUUGCACCCUAAUUUUCUUCCCUGUCCAUUUUUCUGGACAAAUUCUUUUUGAAUUACACCAAUACACAACAAAGGUAUGUCAACCUGACAUCCAAUAACUGUGAAAACUAUAGUAUGGUGGCUUCAAUCCAUCAAAACAAAUACUAAAGGUAGCAAAAGUGAUGUAACAGCACUGGAAGCCAUCUCUUAAAAAUGUUUUGAAAAUUUACAAGAUGACAAUCAUUUUUCUUAUCAAGAGUCAAGGAAGUGUAAGUAAUAUGUGAGUAAUAAACUGCAAAUGGAACUGAGAAAUUACAUGCUUAUUGGUGAGAGAAAGCAUUUGACUGGAAAGAUGCAGUGCCACAAGCUGAGCGUAAACCAAGUCUGAAGGUGACAAAAGCAUGACCUGCUGCUUACCCACAUGCACUGGGUUUCUUUUUUCAGGACUCCCUGCCUGAGUUUGGGAGGUUCAUCUCCAGCUGUCCUUCUGAAUCUACUGUUGCAGUUGCCUCCACCAGAUACCUUUGGAUUCCCUGCUAGCAAAUAUUAAUACCUAAAAAGAUAGGAAAAUUACCUCAGCCACUGAAAAUUCCUUUUAGUGAGGAAGCACAGACAUCCAUUAUGGUUUUUCCUUUUUGCAGCUUGUUGGAGGUGGAAAUUGUUGAUUGAAAGCAGGGAAGUGUAUCCUGACUCUGCCUAUCAACAAAGCUUCCAAAGCAGCUCCCCAGAGUUGGUAUGCUAUUAAGGGGGAAAAAAAAAAAAAAUCCAACACAAAAAUGAACUGGAAAUUAAAAUAAAAAUUUGGUAUUUGUAAGAAGUGCUGCAGAAUAUUUUUUUUCUUUCAGAAAGUGCAAGAGAAUUUAUUAUUAAAGAACAAGGACUCAGCACAAUUUGUGAAACAAGUUGACUGUGGCAGAGAAAACAGGACACACAAGCAAAUAUGGCUAGAAGAGAGCAGAUUUUGGUGUCCCUUGGGUGCACAAGGGUGCCCAGCUGCUGUGAUGACCAGAAAGGGAAGAGUAAAUUUGCAAGACUGACCCAGCAGACUGUCUGAGCCACCCCAAGGAACUCAGGGGAGGCAGAAGCUGUACCCCAGCCAGGUUCUUUGGGGCUGCCUCUGGGGCUCUAGCUCAGCUGUGGGUGGGCUGCACAGGGGUCUCUGCUAGGAGAAGGGAAGGGGUGGGAAUAGUGCUGGUGCAAGCUGCUUCAGAGGGGAAAACCAACAAAAUGAGAGAUGCUUCCAGCUCUGGCUACUGCUCCUAAGGGCACAUGGCACACAGAAUAAUUUAGGUUGGAUGGGUUCUCUGGAGGCCAGCUAAUCCAGGCCCCCUACAAACAACAAACCUCAAAGUGGGACCAGCCUCCCAGCUCAACACUGCUCUGACAUGCUGUGUGCAGUCAUGUUUCUCAUGGAAAAACAACACCUCAGUCAACUCUGUUGCCAAGACUGAUGCUCAUUUAAAGCCAUAAAUGUGGCUGAAGGGCUGGAAAUGCUGAGUGUGAUCUCCACAGCAGCUGUCAUAGGUAGCAGUGCUUCAGAAACAUGGAUGAAAGCUAUAAAAUACAGGAGCUGCAUCAUCUUUAUUUCUACUAAAGGCUUCCCUUUAGUAUGUGAAUACAGCUAUUACCACUCAAACAACCAAUCAGGUUGAAGGCUGUAUUCAAUUUUAAUAUUUAGAGGUAAUUAAGAGGAAAAAACAGAUGGAUGGCUAAUUUCCUUGCUUUCCUCUUAAAUAAAGACUCACCAUUCACUGCCAGCUGACUACUGAUUUUCUAAUUAAGUCAUUAUCUAAACACAGAGAAUGUUUUCCAACAAAUGCCACUAGAUUGAUGAAGAUGUAUGUUUUCCCCAUGAUCAGAAUCAAAGUCAGGAACAAUAUAAAGGAUUGGCUACUUAAAACAACUCAACUUGAUCAGAAAUUACCAGUUUUCUCAUGAAAUUGAAAACUUUUGCUAGUCUGACCACUGUUUGACAACAUAUUUUCUUUUCUUUUUUUUUUUUUUCUGCUGAGUUUUUGCUGCUUUUACAAUGGGUUUGUAGAUAUUUCUUGACCUGUCCAUAGUAACUCCUCAUUCAUAUCUAUCCUGGAUCAGGCCCACCCACACCAUGUUGUGCAAUACAAGAUCUUCCCAACAAGCUCUUAGUGAUGUAUUCAAGACCUACAGACUACCUCCAUCUUCCUCAACCUCUCUAAACCAUCCUGCAACCUCAAAGCCUUAUUUUUGGUAAUGAUGCCCUUGCAAAGGUGCCUUGCUUUACAGCCCUCACUUCCUGACUGUCCUGUCUUUGGGUUUCUGACUCUCUCUAAUCCCUAAAUUUAUUGUGGUCCUACUGGGGCAAGCCCCUAUUCUCUCCCCCUCUCUCUGCAGUUAUCAGAAUUCCCAUGAUUGUGGCUGCUCAAGUCUGCAAGAUUUUACUGUCUUACAUGUAUCCAGGCCAUAUCCAGAAGGUUUUUACUCACUAUAAGCAGACAGUUAUUUGAAGUGAGUCCAUACAUCCCUGAAGAUUGCAUCAAUCAACAAGUUGUCCCUUGCAAAAGACAGACUCUUAAAAUGUUAUUUUACCUAUUUUUUAAUCUUGUUGCCUUUCUUCUGUACCCUAUCCUUUUGUUUCCUUUCUUCCACAUUAAAAUUGAUCCUCGUAUUAUUAUUUUAUGGACCUGUAUCUUUGCUUUUAGGGACCUGCACAAGCUACUCAGGUUUCACUCAGCUCCUGCUCUUCUGCCUGUGCCAACCACAACUCACUUCUCUGCAAGCUUUGUCCUCACCACCUCCAUGAUCUUUCCACAUCUCUCCUGUUCCUUGCAGCUGAUGGGUUUUUUUCUUUCUCAAAACCACUUCUGAUAUGGUAAAACUCCUGAAAGAAAAGCAGUCACCGUGGAGGAAUUUGUGUGUAUUGCCUGUCUUUUUUUCUCCACGUUCCCCAUACAUCCUCUUCUGAGGUAAGCUAUCUAGUGCACAGCAUACACAGACACAGCAAAAACACGUUAAGAGUUGCAUAUACCCUAAGCCACUUGGAUUUGGCUCAUGCACAGUACUUUAAAGUCGUGGGAUCCUCACCACAAUGAUGUACCAAGUUGUUCACAACACGGGAUUAAUUUUGCUCAUCUUCCUGCAUGGAGAAAGAUAAUGGGGUUGAACUUCCCAGAAGGUUUAAAACAAAGCCCUUGCCUCACCAACUUUUUGUAAAAGGCUGUCACUAUUCAGACUUCACUGCACCUGAGCUCUCCAGUUUUCUGUAGUUAUUACUUCUUAUUUCUUUGUCCUUUGCAUGUCCAAGGAAGGAACAAAAAAUAAAAACAAACAAAAAAAAGAAAAACCCCACAAAAACAAAACCAAAAAAAACCCAACCAAACAAAAAAACUUUAAAAACUUGUGUUUAUCCAAGACAAGAUAUUAAAAGAAUAAAGGAAUCUUUCCUAAGGACUCCACUCUUCUGUUGUGAAUUCCAAUUAUCAAAAAGUAAAGAGCAUUAGAGUGUUGAGGGGAAACAUAAGCUUCCAGCUUAAGUGCAGAGAUAGUCCUUGUGCCUCAGUAUUGUUUAACCAUUGCAAAUAUCAAUAAGAGACAAGCUGGUUUAUGUUCAUCCUUUACACACACAAAUGAUUUCUAUGAAGAAUUAACUCAAAUUGCUUUAUUGCUUAAGUAGACACAGUAAAUCUUGUGAUAUUUUUUAUUGUUCAAGUAGGAUUUCAUAAGAGUCCUAUGCAAUAUAUAGUCACCCUUUCUAAUUACUGUCUGUUUUUCACUGGGGGCCAAAAUUUUUUUUUUUCUUUUAAUUAUCUGACUUUGGAUAAAUUCCAGGUUCAUCAACUGUAAAUUUAUUCUUUAACAUUCUCUAUUUUACUCUAUGUACAUUUGCAAACAUUGCUCCCUUCCUCUCUUACACUGCCAGGGGAUCUGUACUUCAUUACUCCCAUGCAGGUGAUCACCUAUAGAUGAUGAUAUAUGAUUAAAUUACUCCUUCCUACUCAGCUAAUUUCUAUGCUUCUAUGAAUCAGUGCUUAAAUAUAAAUUUUUGAUGUUUCUGCUGUAAGUAGAAGACAUAACUAUGAAUGAGCUGUGGGAAAAAAAUCACGAUUAGAAAAUUAUAUGAACAUCUCAAAGACCUAAGGGAGAGAGACUCAUUUCAACUUUUUAUCUUCUUAAUCACUUUUCUUUCCUCCUCAUUUCACUAUUUCCUGCCCUGUGAAUCCUAUCCAUGGAUUUUUCCCUGUGUUUAUCUUUCUCUCCUUCUUUUCCUUGGCAGCCUUCCUCAGCACCACAGAGGCAUCUAGUAACCUGUAGCAAGAAGCAAGGCCACAUUUUGCUAUGUCGAUACACAUCACUUAAGCAUCUGCUCUUGGUUUUAGGAAAUCAGGUUGCAGGCUCUGUUCUAUGGCAUUGUUCUGCACAGCUUCUACAUCAUAUUUCUAAUGUGCAUCAAGAUUCUUCCAAGUGAAAGAUGCUUGUAUUAAACCAUGGUUUCUUCCCAUGUGUCACAAUUUUUGAAGACAUCUUUUUAAUAAUUCCCCUUCUCUUCUCCUUACACAUGGGGCUUCUAUCAACAAAAACUAAAGCCACAGCUAGCACGGUUUCCAGAUGCAAUGAGUGGUCCUGGAAAUGCCCACUCCACUCUUCCCACUACCCCUCAUAUUUCACAGUCUUCCACUUGCUUCCACUGCAUACUUAAAACACAUUAGCAUAUAGAGCAGCUUUCUGACAUUUUUGUGGGUUAUUUCCUGCAUGGCAAGUUCUGAGCCUUGCUUCCAUCUGGUGCAAGAUCCCUUGUCACUGGGGUACUCAAAUCUUCUAAUGUACAGCAUCUUCCAUAUUCAUUUUGUACACCGCAUGCAAAUGGCACACACUUCCACGAGGUGAGGCAUAAAGCACUGUCUCCUUGCAACUACACUUUAUAAAAGAUGCAUGUUUUGUCAAUUAAGAAAUAAAACAUAACUUUUGGGAAAA